UUUUUUGUUUUAACGGUUUUCUAUGCAUUGGUGAUUUGUUUGGCUUUGAUUGAAGUAUAAAAAAGUUUCUACCUGUGGUACCUGUUCCUACAUGUGUAGUUUUAUAUUAUAAUGUGACAUUUCCAAUAUUUUACUCUCAUAUUUAUCAUUUUUUACAAUCGUUUUAUACAAAAUAAUUUGAGGAAUGCACUAGACCCAAUUUCACAGUUUGUAUGAUAAAAAUCAGUGCAUGAUUAGAACAUGAAGAGCAAGAAAGAUCCGACCACCCCGAGACGCAGGGCUUCGGUGUCGAAAAAUGGGGGCAUCACGAAAGCUGCCAGGGUAUUAUCACGUCCAGUUUCGACUAGUACGGCCCCCUCUAAGCCUCCGACAGCUUGUAAUAUUAAGGUUGUUGUAAGAAUUCGUCCAGCCAAUGAGAGGGAACAAGAAAAUGAAAAAUUCGACAAUGUAGUAAAAUUCAUAGACAACUCCACGCUGAUUUUCGACCCUAAAGAAGACGAGCAGCCCUUUUUUUUCCACGGAGUCCAACAGAAAAGCCGCGAUCUUCUCAAAAAAACCAAGAAAGACAUUACUUUUCAUUUUGACCGAGUUUUCAAUAAUGCUUCGACCAACUUGCAAGUGUUUGAUAGCAGCACUAAAAGCCUUAUCGACACGCUAAUGGAGGGCUGCAAUUGUUCAGUGUUUGCCUACGGAGCUACCGGCUCUGGAAAAACAUAUACAAUGAUUGGAAAUUCUAGAAACCCGGGAAUUACCUACUUGACAAUGAAGGAAUUGUUCCAACGGAAAGAAGAUUUGAACGCAGAACGGGAGUUUGAAUUGAUGCUGACUUACAUAGAAGUGUACAAUGAACUAGUUAAAGAUUUAUUAAACCCUGGAGCCCCAUUAAAUUUACGAGAGGAUGAAAAAUACGGCGUGGUUAUUCGAGGAGUGAAAGGCCACAAAAUCACAAAUCCUGACGAACUAUUCAAUUUACUAGAAAUUGGCAAUAAGAGGCGCACUCAACACCCAACCGAUGCGAAUGCUGAAAGCAGCCGGUCCCAUGCUUUACUACAAGUUUACAUUCAAAUGACAUUUAAAAAUACUCGAGAAAUAAGAAGAGCAAAGUUGAGCAUGAUUGAUUUGGCUGGAAGUGAACGGGGUUCCGCAACUGGUUUUGUAGGAGCUCGUUUCAAGGAAGGAGCCAAUAUUAACAAAUCUUUAUUAGCUUUAGGAAAUUGUAUUAAUAGUUUAGCAGACGGACAACGCCACGUACCAUACAGAGACUCCAAAUUAACAAGGCUGUUGAAAGACAGCUUGGGUGGUAACUGUCACACCAUCAUGAUUGCUAAUGUUUCCCCAGCUUCAAUGAGCUUUGAUGACACAUAUAACACUUUAAAAUACGCUACUAGAGCUAAAAAAAUCAAAUCCAGCCUCAAACGGAAUGUGGUUAAUGUUGAUAUGCAUAUCGAUCAAUACAUUAAGCUUGUUGAAGAUUUGCAACAAGAAAAUUCCACAUUGAAAACGGAAAAUCAAAGGUUGAAAAAAAAACUUGAAGACCUAGCGCAAACAUCUACUUCCAUGACCACAUGUGAUAAUGAUUGUCAAAAGCAAAUUGAAGAACUAAUUAGGGAGAAAAAUGAAAUCAAGAAACAGUUAGAAGAAGUUUUAGCUGCAAAAGCUCCUGAUUCUGUAACCAAACAACCAAAUACCUAUUUGAUACGUCAAAAUACUGUGAUUCUUGGCAAUGACGCAGGAGAUUCCUUUAAGUCACCCAUUAAAAUUGACCCAAAAAUAAUUUCAGUAUUCAAACAAACAAUCUGCGAUAAAAAGGAACUGAUGCAAAGAGAAUACCAAUGUCAAAGCAUGAGGUUGGGAAUGAGUUUGAGACGGGAAUUGAAAGCUGACAUAAAAUCUAGAUUGAGCUCCCUUUAUGUGGACACACCUGAGAAGGAGGAAAUGCGCCGUAAGAUUGACGAACAAGUUGACAGGUAUGAGAAAAAAGAGAAAGCUACUUCAACAAAUGUAGACGAAAUACAACAAAAAUGCUCAGUGGUUGAUAGAGAGCUGCAAGAAUUGGUCGACAAACAUCCUGAAUUGUUGGAGGAAUUCAGGCUGGCUAAUUUAGAAAUUGACGCAUUGAAUUAUAAGUAUAAGUCUGACUUAAAACAAAAAGAAUUGGAAGUCGUUUUUGAUGAUCACAAAGACAAAUCUUCCGUUCUCGAAACUAUGGCCAAGCUCCUCAAGAACCUCUUUUUGGCAGUAGGAGGUAAAGAUGGCGCUCCAGAAAGCAUCAAGAAGCAAUAUCAUGACAUUGUAGCCAUGCUAAAUGGCAAAAAGAGCCUUAAAUGGCACGAAACGGAAGAGCCAGAGCCUAUGUUGGAGAUGGAUCCAGCUGUAAGUUCUGCGUCACAGCCGGUCAGUCCAAAUGAAGAAAAAUCGAGGGCCAUCAAACGUAAAAUCGAAACUGACAGUCAACUUUCACUGGAUUCAACGUUUACUCAGAGUAAAUCUCCAAAGACACCUAAUUGCAAACUAGGAUCCAAAUUAACUGUCAAUAGUAAUACUCAUAUAGUGGCAAAAGGCAAGACACCAAAUAAAAGGCUGGUAGGAUAUGCGUCACCAAGAAGAUGCUCUCCUAGAACUGCACUGUCUCCUAGGAAGAAAGUAUCGCCACGAAGCAAGGAAAAUAAUGUGAGAAAAGUUAUCGCUAGACCAGACACUGCUAGGACUCUUCCUAGAAAAGCUACUGUUUCCAAGCCUCGUGAGGACCGUCCCAGAUUUAGAUUGUGAUUAUUUUCCUCAAGAUUUUAAUAAUUUUAUUCCAAAUUUAGGACAGAAAUAGCAUAUUAUCAUAAAAAGGCCAUGACUCGUUUAGAAUUUUCUAUUUUUUUUUUUGAUGCUGCAAAACGAGUCAUACCCUUUUUCCUUCUACCAGCUACUACUAAUUUACGCUUCACUGUAAGGGACAGCAUCUAUUUUGAAAACUGAAUUUUGGAAUGAUAAUAAACUGUGAGUCAAUAACGUAGGUAUUACCAAACCUUGCCGAGAUGGUCAAAGACUUAUAACCGCAUCAGAUAUGUUUGCAAUUAUUAUGACUUUUGCAUAUGUUUUAAAUGUUCAGUUUUUUUUUUAAAUGUUUAUUGAAAUAUAAAUAAUAAAAUCGCUUUAGGAGAAUUUAUUUAUUUU